GAAAGCGAUUUAAAACUGGAGUCGCCAUUUUGUCAAGAAACACAAAUUGGAUUCUGGAAAAAUAAAAAGAUAUUUUUAUUGCCAGUUCCUGUUGUGCAGUGUGACAGUGACAGACAGAAGUGGCCAGGAUCUGCAAAAGUUCCCGGUUCAGACAGCCCAAGAACCUGUAAACAAGGACCAGGUUCGGGAACUUCGGUGUGAAAGCGCCUAAUAAGAGUCGGACUAUACAUGGGAACUGGUUCUUUACAACCAUAAUCAUCUAUGCGAUGGCUGACCAUUCCAAUGAGGAGGCCCAGACCUCGCUCGCCGACCUCUUGGAGGAUUACCUGGAGAACCUUGAUGAUGAACAGUUAAAGAAGUUUAAAUCAAAACUGAGUCACACGGAGUAUAAUGAGUUAGACACACUUUCCUGGGGUCAGGUGAAGGGCUUGGAUAGAAUAGACCUCGCCAACAAAAUGAGAGAUUACUACGGUGAAGCUGAUGCUCUCAAUGUCGUGCUUAUAAUCCUGAAGAAUAUGAACCUGAAUGAUCUUGCUCAGAGACUGAAUAAAGACCUGCAGGAGGACACUAUCAUGUCAGAAAGACCAAAGCCCUCUGGUGCCCGAGGAAGAAAAAGAAGAAGAGAAGAGGAGGAAAAACAGGAAAAAGACAGAGGCUGAAUAGCUGUGAUCUCAUAGAUAAACACUGUGAAGUGCUGAUUUCAGCUCUAAGAUCAAACUCUUCCCCUCUGAGAGAGCUGGACCUGAGUGACAAUGACCUGCAGGAUUCAGGAGUGAAGCUGCUCUCUGCUGGAUUGGGGGAUUCACACUGUAAACUGGAGAUACUGAGGCGAGGUGGGACGAGAGAAAACGGAACAAAAAGAGAGGAAGGCAGGGUAACACUGAGCAGCCAGUGUCUGGGGGUCACAGGUGCACCAUCCUCACGAUGCUUUGGUUUGGAAAUGAAAUGCUCAUUUAUGGCCGUUAAUUCACAGUGACUUCAGGAUGUCAGAUUAAAAGGUGAGCUUCAGUGAGUCGUGUAGGAUCACUGUGUUACAGUUAUAUCUUUGCAGACAAGCAGCCGCUAAACCCCUGAGAGCCGACCAUUGCUGCUGGUCUCUCCCUCACAUUAUACAGCUAAUUACAUGCAAAUAGACGGCUGUAGAAAACAAUGUUUU